CACCGUGCAAGGAGCUUUAUUACAAUUUUUCAUAUGACCCCAUAUGGCCGCUCUUUGCUCUCAGUGUUUUCUCUGGUAGUCCGGCGCGUCGGCUGCUACGUAAAAAAAUUGUGUGUAAUUUGGAAGGAGAUUCAAUUUGGAGAAGGAUCAAGAUAAAAAUAAUUGGCAUAAAAUAUGGUGUUUUUAUCCGCAAGUUUAUCUGUGAGAUCGCGAGGUCCGGAUGAAUUUUGGCGCAAACGAAACAUUUUUCGACUCGCAGCGCAUUUCAUUGGUAGAAGAAGAAAUUGCUACAGUUUAGCCGUCAGAGGUGUGCACAGAGCUCUGGUGUAUUGUACUAUAGGAAGAAAAUUGAAAAAAGCCGAUAUAAAUCAGUUGCGCGAACAAAGAGUGGAGGCUGCGUCGCAGGAACACAACAUCGAUCUUACUACUCUCAGAACGGGACUGGGUAGAUGUAACAUCUUCUUGAAUCGAAAGUCACUGGCUGACUUGGCGAUUUGGGAACCUCGAUCGUUCAAGGCUCUCACGGAUAUCGCUUGCGCCAGAGCGAAGCAAGAUCAUUUUAGAUCCGUCGCUAAUGUCGAAGUACCAAAGAAUGUUUUUGUAAGAGGAUUGAUUAAAUGAGAUAUCGCAUA